AUGUCAAUGGUUUCCUCCUCAGAGCCUGAAGCGUCCUCAGAGGAGUCUCCCUCCAAUGAAGAUGAGCAGGCUGCACCCUCAGCUACGCCCGACCAGGUGACCGAUGGCGAGGCAGCGGGGGACAUGGAGCCCACAGAGAAUGGAGAGGAGGCUGAAGGAGCCAAGGCAGAGAAGGGAGGAGGAGAAGAGACGGAUAAGAAAGAGGACAAAUGCAAGGACUGCGCGGCUGGACAGUGUGCAACACACUGCUAUGUUCUCCUACUAAGGUUGAAGGAUGGCUACAAGUACAAGAAAGGGAAAAGCAAGAAAGUGAAACGGACCAUUCCUGCGUGGGCUAGCGUCACUGCCAGCAAAAAGCUUCCUGUUACCAACUAUGCAGGCACUCAGAACAAAGUGAAUGAUAUCCUCAUCGAAGCGAUCACGUCCUGUAAUGACAAGUCUGGGGUUUCAUACCAGUCCUUCAUGAAAUAUAUUCUGAAGAAAUACCCCGAGAUGGACAUUCACAAGAAGAAGUUUCUCAUCAAGAAAGCAAUGAAGAAACAUUUGGAGAAGGGCACCAUCAAACAGGUAAAGAAUGUUAUCUGGGGGUAUUAG